AAGCUGCUGCCAGUGCUAUCUGUCAGCCUCAUUAUCACAAUUUCUUGGCUUGAGCAAAUUGCUAUCCACCUUUCGAGGCUCAGUGGAAAUAAACAAAGAGGCUUCGCUGUCCUCGGAGAAAACAAGCGUCAACAAAUCAAGGCUUUGGACAACUUUCAAGUGUGAGAUGCUUCUGUGUGCAAAUAUGCUGGGGCUGCUUUUGCUGCAGCCACUUCUUUCGAGCCCAAGGCCGCUAACUUCACCGUCUAAAGGGUGUCCCGGCUGCAAAGGAAAAGCUUCUCAAUUACUCACGGCGGGAGAUAUGAAUGGCAGCACUCUGAGCAUUGGUGAGCCAUGUGGAGUCUACACACAGAACUGUGCCAAUGGGCUGCGAUGUGCGCCCACGCAGAGUGACCCGCGGCCCCUCCGCACCCUGCUGGAGGGCAGGGGUGUCUGCAGUAACGUCAGCAUCAUCAGCUGGACGGAAAAGAGCCAGACUGCAGAUCCUGCACCUACUGAAAAUCCGGUGGAGGCACCAUGUCGAAAGCUGCUAACCACACUUAUCAGGGGCCUUGAUAGCUAUUUAUUCAAGUCUCAUCAUGAUAUCUACAUGCCCAACUGUGAUAAACGUGGCUUCUUCAGAAAGAAGCAGUGUUGGUCCUCUCGAGGUAAACAACGAGGGAGCUGCUGGUGCGUUGAUGAGAGUGGCAUGCCGGUGACAUCACAUCAACAGAAAGGCUUGACUUGUUGAAGACGAUGGUCAUUGUCGGAUUCAAGAAAUCACAUACAUUUGACGGCCAACAUGGAAUCUAGAACCUCAUCUGAAUGUGCAUCUAUGUUUUUCAUUCCAUGAGCAACAAGCGGGUUCAGGUAUAACUUUGGCCAUUGGUGCCCUCUAGAGAACAUCGAGUGAACUGUUUUGAUGGACGCAAUACUGUAAUGUUUGUACAAGACUGCACCGUUAUAGGUUCACUUGUACAAACUAACACAACUUAAUACACACGUUUUUAAACAAAAGUUAAUAUUUGACCGUGUUUGACAAUGUUUAUUAACAUGAGCGUUGUUUGCAGUGCACCGUAAUCAGAGGUGUUCCACAUGAAAAUAAACUGGCAAUAGUAGUAGUUUACAGGAAACAAUGAGAAUUCACUGUUAGAGUAAAGUAUGUUUUGUUUUCUAUAAUUUACUUGAGACAUAAUAAAGUGAGCUAAUAUUUAUGUUACUGUUAUUUCCAUUAAAAAUUUCAAUUUAAGUACAGUAUUUCCAAAACUCUUUUAUUAUAUGUUAAGUUCUAUAGAAUUUAAUUUUGAUGGAUUUUUGUCUCAACCUCAGAAAAAAAAAAUAAUAAUGGUGGCUUAAUAUUAAUAUUAUUGUUUUAAACUUGAACAUGCAAUUUUAUGGGACUGCUUGGCAAAAACAAUGUGAAGUAUUUUUGUUUGUGUGUUAGCUAAACGUCCCAGGGAUUUUUAAAAUACAUAAAUAUACGCAUAUUUAAGAAAUUUACAGAAAUGUUCCAUCCUUUUGCAUCCCUGAAUCAAUAUGACCAUAAUGGUAACCUCACGGUCAAAUUAAUAUCUCUUGAGAUUGUAAGUGCACCUAUAAGUGUCUGUUGUGUUUGCAUGUCCUGCCAAAU